AUGGAAUAUUGGACAGGGUGUGGACUGAAAGCAAGAGCAUCAAAUAUAUAUACAUACAAACAUCCUAAUCUACCAAGUACACUUUAUUCUGAAAAAGAAUGUUUUUUAAUUUCCCAAAGUGGCCAAUGGAGCCCCCAAACCAGAAAGAUAGCCACUUAUCCAUGGAAUUGGCUCGACGCUAGCCAUGUAAUCAAAUCACAAUCUGAGCCCUAA